GUGGACGAAGCACCGAAGCGAGUGACACUACUGUAGUAUUUCACACCGUUGUCCGUCGAGGAUCAUUGAAUUUUACUUUGCAGUGCUGAAACAUGGCAUCUAGUGACGGCGUCCAGUUUGUUGAUACAUUCAUGCCUGAGCUCAUUCAAAAUGUAACUGCAGUGGAGGCUAUUGCGGAGGCCCUGAAGAGCAAAAACAUGAUCCACCAGGAAGCCUACUCGGAGAUCUGUGCACUGCCCACCAGCGAGAAGAAAAUGAGAAAACUUUUUGAAGCCAUGCGUUCCGGAGGGCGAAUUGUAAAGGCAAAAUUCUAUAAACUCUUGAUGGAGAAUCACCCUCAUCUUAUGGCACAAUUAGAGGAAACUCAAAUGGAGGAACAACCUAUGAAUGCUACCGACACUUUACACCUGAGAGAACCACCAAAGAAUGUCCAAAGUGCCCGGACCAAUGUGUACAAAAUGACCAGCAAGCCUCGUGGCUAUUGUGUAAUCAUCAACAACAAGAACUUCAUUCGUUUAAAAAAGAGGAAAGGCACAGAUCAGGAUGCUCUCUUGUUGAAGGAAACCUUUGAGUGGCUGGGUUUCCUGGUGGAGCUGUAUGAAGAUCAGACUGCAGAGAGAAUGCGCUCCAUCAUGGAGGACUACAGCAAAAAGUGUCGCACUGACAACGACUGCUUUGUUGCUUGCCUGCUCAGUCACGGGAAGCGGCAAGUAGUUUGCGGUACAGAUGGUGGACUUGUGACGGUAGAGGAAAUACUUAAACCAUUUGAAGGGAACAUGUGCUCCGCACUCCUCACAAAGCCCAAAGUGUUCUUCAUCCAGGCCUGUCAGGGGAGUGAUCGACAGGGCUUUGUGACUCUCCAGGAAGAUUCACUUGGGGACAGAAGCCUGGAAGACGAUGGCCUGAUUAAGAUUCCUGUUCAGGCUGACUUUCUGAUAGGAAUGUCCACUGUUCAAGGUUGUAAAUCCAUGAGGAAUGAAAGGAGUGGGACUUGGUACAUCCAGUCUCUCUGUCAAAGGCUGAAAGCUCACUGUCCAAAGGGUGUGGAUGUUCUUACCAUCCUGACGGAUGUCAAUCAUGAUGUGAGCAGGAAUGAUGGGGUGAUCAAAGAGGAUGGUAAAUCAGUCCCUGUCAAACAGAUUCCAGAGUUACGGAGUACACUGACAAGUACGCUGGUGUUUCCUGUCCCUGAGUAAAUAGUGGGUGUAUGCAAGUAAGCUGUCACGUGGAGGACUGUAAGAGAUCAUCAGUACUUUUAUGCUGUUUUUCACAAAUAUAAUUUUUUCAUAUGCAUUGGCUCCUCAGCGUACACAUACAAUUGAGACUUGAAGUCUCUUACUUACUCAAUCUGUUCAUAAGUCUUAAAAUCACUUUUACCUCUUAAGUUGAAUGGAGACAAGAUAGAAUAAGGUGCCAGUGUACAGUACAUGAUUAAAA